UGCGGCGGCCGCAGCGCCAUGGAGAGCCCGGGGCCCGCCGGCCCGCCCGCCGGGAAGAGAAUGAAGUCUCGAGCUCCCCCUCCACCAGGCCAACCUGCUACUGCAAGUAAAAUCCACAGUGAACAAAAGCCUCCCACAGAUGUGGAAGUCAUCCCUGAUCAGAACCUGGUAAACAUGAAGGAAAAUAUGAUAAACAGGAUGAUGGAUGUCACAGUCAUUUUGCCGACUGGAGAGGAACAGAAGAAUACUGUGCAGGGAAGUAAAGCUGUGAUGGAUCUGUUGGUUGAUUUGUGCAGCCGCUACCACUUAAAUCCAGCCCACCAUACUCUUGAACUGAAGGCUUGGGAGUCACAGCAACCUUUGAGUUACAAGCCAAAUACUUUGAUAGGGGUGCUGGAUCUUCAGACAGUACUUCUGAAGGAGAAGGUCCCUGAAGGAAAGAUAAAACGACCCCCGCCUAAGGUCCCUGAGAAGUCAGUAAGGCUGGUGGUGAAUUACCUCAAGACACAAAAGGCAGUGGUUCGCGUUAGUCCUGAGGUGCCUCUGCACAGCAUCAUCCCUGCCAUUUGUGAGAAGUGCGAAGUCAGCCAGGAGCAUGUUGUCCUCCUGAGGGACAACAUCACUGGGGAAGAGCUGGAGCUUACCAAGUCCUUGGAUGAGUUGGGGAUAAAGGAACUGUAUGCCUGGGAUAGGAAAAGAGCCCCUCCAUCAAAAACUCAGUCUGAACCUACUCUGAACUACAGAGAAACAAGUCGAAGUGCUUCAGUGAGCAGUGAUGCAAUAGAAAAAGAAAAAAGAGGAUUUCUGGGUUUUUUCAAAGUUAAUAAAAGAAGCAGCAAGAAGGAAGAACAUUUGAGGAUGGACAGUGAUUGUAGUGAUGAGGAUGUAUUUAGUUCUGCAAGUGAAAGGAACGUGGAUGGUUUUUCAACUGCACCAAAUUCCCCUUCGGUGAUGUCACGUUCCAUUACACUGGGUCCAUCACAAUCUCUUGGCAACAUAUCGGGAAUGACGGCAAACCCAGAAAUCAAGAAACGCAGAGCUCCUCCUCCUCCCACAGCGACACCGCAGUUGCAGGACACAGAGAGGAAUGGCCAAGAAAAGACAGCAGCCCAGAUUUUACAAGGGGCAUCAUCACAGAAUGAUCUGCAGAAAAAAAAGAGACGUGCACCUCCACCCCCAACUCCAACUCCUGCCAUGCCAAAUAGGACAGAAGAAAAGGAAGACAAGAGAAAGAGCACAGUCGGUAAUGGACGACAGGUUCCACAAAAGCCUCCUAGAGGCAACACUCGUGGUCCACCCCAGUUAGUGAUUCCCCCACCCCCACCUUACCCUCCUCCUGACAGAGAUAUUAUGGAUCCAACUGUCUGUUACAGUGAAGCAGAUGUAACGGCAUCAACAAAGCUGAUACCUAAACAGAGCCUGCAACUCACACAAGAAUAUAUAUAUAUUGUGGAUGAUGUGGUCCUGGAACUAUCAGAGCUAGAGGAAACAGCCUCAGUAAGCAGCUGCUUUGCAUCAGAAGAUACCACUGAUGACUCAGGGGUCAUGAGUUCUCCAUCUGAUAUUGUGUCUUUGGAUUCACAAAAUGACAUCGUGAAAUUAAGAGACCGAUCAGCGAAUGGUCAAGUGGACUCGGCUGAAACAGAAGUACCUCAUGCCGCAGAGUUGUACCCAGUAAGGAAUGCCUCCUGUGAUAGCAACAGAUCUGGAAGCACUCACAAGAGUAGAGAAGAAAUGGCUGCCUCUAAGAAUGCCAAUGAGGAUGACAUUGCUGCACAACUCCAACAGACUCUGGUUGAACUGGAUGACGAUUUAGGGGUACUGGAAGCUGGACCUUAUGACACAGAUAGUGAUUCUGUAUUCAAUCACUUAAAUGAGGUGUUAAGCCCACAUACAAGCAACGUCAACACCGCUCAAGUGCUUGCCUGUUCUGUUCCAGUAACAGUCAUAGAUGAGAUUCCAAGAGUUAAUGACUUCCCAGCACCUCGGAACAAAGAAAAUGCUCUACUCCCUAAUGCAGAUGGCAUAGAAGAUUUCUCAGUUGGCUCAAUUAAUGUAGGAAACUUUACUAAUAAAAAUAACAAUGCAGGUUCUUUUGAUAAGGACCAUGUGGACAGCAGAUCUCUACAUAUUUCAAAAGAUUUAAUACAUCAGAAGUCAUCUGAAUUUGAUUUCAAAUCUCUGCCUAUAGGACAAAGGAGAGAUAUGUCUGAGUCUCAUGUUGUCUCACUUGACAAGAAAAAUGAGAAAUAUCUGGGGCUAGAAAGGAUCUAUAAAAAUGAUGUUAGGUCCAAGGAAUGUAGACCUAAGUUGAUUUCUUCUGACCUCAAGCCUGUGACUGAAAGCAGUGCAGAGAAAGAGAAAAGCAAUGUGUUUAAUGAAAAAAAUAAUCUAGAAAGAUCUCAAAACAAAAUAAAAACAGAAUUGAAAUUCAGGCAAACUUCAGCAAAAAACGCAGAAGAGAAAGAAGAUACUCAGUCAGCACCCAUGUGGUGUCAGCGUGCUCAUAGUACAUAUACAGUAACAAGCUAUGAACCCAGAGUAGGUCUGACAACCUUUAAAAUUGUCCCUCCCAAACCUGAAAUAAAACAUUUUGAUAGAGGUACAUCUCUCUCCACUGGUGCCAUUAAGAUAGAUGAGCUAGGCAAUCUUGUAAGUCCAAAUGCUGGUGGUGGUAAGAACAUACCAGAUGCUUCUACCAGUGAAAUGGAGGAACCUUUCAUUGAGAGAAUAAGAGCAUUCUGGAGGUCAAACUCUAUGGAAAAGCAACAUGAUGAAUGCAUAGAACAUAAUUCUAAAAAGACAGUAGCUACCACAAACUCUAAACCUUUUACUUUGAAACCUGAAAGCACACCUCUCUCUCCCACAGAUGCAAAACCAAUACCACCACAAACAUUUGCAUCCAGGGUGACUGAAAGGUGUUUUGAAACUGAAAAAGUCAAACAGCCUAAUGCAACCACACAGUCUCAGGUAAAACCAUCCAUAGCUCCAAUACUGAACAGGAACAAGACAGAGUUCUCAUUUCUAAAGCCUUAUAGAAGAACUUCAAGCCAAUAUGUUGCCUCUGCCAUUUCAAAGUAUAUUACUUCACCUGCAUUUAAGGCUGACCCUACACUCAGUCAUGACAAAGAAAAAAAUAACCAUGAAGAGAGAGGAAUGAAAAUUGAAGCAGAACAUUCCCCCCAAAAAAACAUUAUUGUGGCCAAAAACAGCCUGUUGGAAGAAACACAAUCAAUAGAAACAAGCAAAGAUCAUUCAAAUAUUUUUAGUUGCAAUCACAACGCAUCCAACAGGUUUACACUUGGUGAUAAUUUUGGAGAAGAAAACAAAGCUAUAAAUGUCAGGGCACUGAAUCAAGCAACUCCUGUUGGCUUCUAUAAAAAGAGUGUCAGUGUACCACUUACUAAAACCUCAGUGAUGGGUAACAGUUUUGCACAAGAUGAUCACAGGCUUAACAGCAAACAAAAGACAAAGCCUGUAUUUGAUCAGAAAUCUGAGCAUAGGGACCAAACUAAUUUUUCCUCACACCUCAGAUCACCUGGUCUCCAUGAACCCAGCUUCUCUUCUGGUUCAUCUCUGAGUGCCACAGAAUGGCAGGUUGUGGACAGGCCUCCUGGAAACUCUUUAAAAGUCUCAUCUGAGUUAAACACUGCAUCUGUUAACAACAAUAGUGAUUUAGAAAGAGAAGAGAAACCCAAUGGUAUAUUACUGGGUAAUGUCAAUGAGUCUGAUAUCACUGUACAAACCAAUAUCUUUGGGCCAAAGAAGAAGUUCAAACCAGUUGUUCAGAAACCAGUUCUAAAAGACACAUCUCUGCACACUGCACUAAUGGAGGCUAUUCAGACCGGAGGAGGAAAACAAAGGCUGCGAAAGAUUUCAGACAGCAUGACAAAUGGAAAUCAGCAGAAGCCCUCACAUACUGAGCCAGAAAAUGAGCGGUCAGCCCUGCUUGCAGCAAUUAGAGGUCACAGUGGCACCUCAGGGCUGAAAAAGAUCUCAUCAGCAGCCUCUGACGAGCUACGGAGCUUCAAAAAUGCAGAAGUGGCCUCGCAAAAUAAAGAAAACUCCUGGGCAGAGGAGCCUCCUAUC